AUGUGGGUUCAUUUGCUCGUGUUAGUGCUACUGGCGGCCAUCUAUUGGGUUCGGCAACGUUUUUCCUACUGGAAGCAGCGCAAUGUUCCGUACAUUCAACCAUCGUUUCCGCAGGGAAACUUGGCCGGCGUAGGCAAGAAGAGCCACAUGUCAGAAAUUCUGCAAAAUUGCUACAAACAGCUGAAAAGCUCCGGAAAACCCUACGGUGGAACUUACUUCUUCAUCAAUCCCGUGGCGCUUCUCAUCGAUCCGGAUCUUAUUAAGGCGGUUCUGGUGAAAGAUUUCCCUUACUUUCACGAUCGUAACCUUUAUCACAACGAUCGGGACGAUCCACUGUCGCGCCAUCUGGUCGCAAUGGAGGGUACCAAAUGGAGAAACCUGAGAGCGAAGCUCACACCCACCUUCACGUCGGGCAAAAUGAAACUGAUGUUCUCCACCGUAACGGCCGUUGCGGAAGAGUUCGACAAGUGCAUGGCGGCGGAGAUCAGACAAGGCUCCGUGGUGGAGAUGAAGGAUCUGCUGGCACGCUUCACCACGGACGUUAUUGGUUCGGUUGCGUUCGGGCUGGAGUGUAACAGCCUGAAAGAUCCCGAUGCAAAGUUCCGUGUGAUGGGUCGUAAAGUGUUCCAAGCGUCCCGGUAUCGUGCGAUGAAGGUCUUUCUAGCCGCACAAUUCCCUCAGAUUGCGCGAGCCUUUCACGUGACGCUAACACCUCCGGACAUAUCGGAAUUUUUCAUGGGCGUCGUCAAAGACACAAUUGAGUUUAGAAGAAAUAACAACGUGCAGCGUAACGAUUUUAUGACCCUGCUAAUGAAGGUGAUGAAGGAACAGGUGGAGAGUGGAGCAGUUGACGGUGAUCAGAAAGAUCAUCUCACGAUGGACGACAUUGCGGCGCAGGCGUUUGUGUUUUUCCUCGCCGGGUUUGAAACGUCCUCCACGACGAUGUCAUUCUGUUUGUACGAGUUGGCUCUUCACCCGGAGCUGCAGGAUAAGGCACGACAGAACAUUACAGAGGUGCUGAAGAAAUAUGACACUAUUAGCUACGAGGCAAUACACGAGAUGAAGUACAUCGAGAUGUGCAUCAAUGAGUCUCUUCGAAAGUAUCCACCGGCAACUACCCUUACCCGUAGAGUCGAGAAGGACUAUCGAGUGUUCGGUACCGAUCAAGUACUACAAAAGGGCAUCAUGGUUGCUAUUCCGGUCUACGCACUUCAUCACGAUCCGGAACAUUUCCCCAAUCCGGACCGUUUCGAUCCGGAACGAUUUUCCGCGGAGCAGAGCGAAAAGCGGCAUCCGUUCGCCUUUCUUCCCUUUGGCGAGGGACCACGCAUAUGUAUCGGGCUUCGAUUUGGCAUGAUGCAGGCCCGUAUCGGGCUGGUAUAUCUUCUGAAGCACUUCCGUUUUACGCUCGCAAAGGACAGAAUGAGCGUACCGUUGAAGAUUUCACCCGCCAGCUCCAUUCUGACCAUCGACGGGGGACUUUGGUUAAAUGUGGAGAAGCUGUAA